GGAACCGCGAUGGACGCCGCCACCGCGGUCAGCAAGGAGCGGGAGGCCGCGCAUCUCCUGGCCGAGGCCGAGAAGAGGAUGAAGUCCUCGCACUCCUUCCUCAGGGGCCUCUUCGGAGGACACUCAAAGGUAGAAGAAGCAUGUGAAAUGUAUACCAGAGCUGCAAAUAUGUUCAAGAUAGCCAAAAACUGGAAUGGUAUAUCAUGUGAUUUGGGGACUGUUUCUUUUCCAGCUGCAGGAAAUGCAUUUUGUCAGGCAGCCAAGCUCCACAUGCAACUACAGAGUAAACAUGAUUCAGCAACCUGUUUUGUAGACGCAGGCAAUGCUUUCAAGAAGGCGGAUCCCCAAGAGGCUAUCAACUGCUUAAAUGCCGCCAUCGAUAUUUACACAGACAUGGGCCGAUUUACUAUUGCGGCCAAGCAUCACAUUACCAUUGCGGAGAUUUAUGAGUCUGAGCUUGUGGACAUUGAAAAGGCUAUUGCCCAUUAUGAACAGGCUGCAGAUUACUACAAGGGGGAAGAAUCCAACAGUUCUGCUAACAAAUGUCUGCUGAAGGUGGCUGGGUAUGCUGCUCAGUUAGAGCAAUAUCAGAAGGCAGUUGAACUCUUUGAACAGGUUGGAACAAGCACUAUGGAUAAUCCAUUACUCAAGCACAGUGCAAAAGAUUACUUCUUUAAAGCUGCCCUGUGUCACUUUAUAGUUGAUGAGUUGAAUGCUAAGCUUGCUCUGGAGAAAUAUGAAGAACUGUUCCCGGCCUUCUCAGAUUCAAGGGAGUGUAAACUAUUGAAAAAAUUACUGGAAGCUCACGAGGAACAAAACUGUGAAGCUUACACUGAAGCGGUUAAGGAGUUUGAUUCAAUAUCUCGCUUGGAUCAGUGGCUGACGACCAUGUUACUUCGCAUUAAGAAAUCCAUUCAGGAAGACACGGACGGGGACCUCAAGUGAAUUGUCAGUACAAUUUGUGGCACGUGACAUGUCUGCUGAAGUAUACUGUAUUGUGGCCAAGGACCAUUAUGGGAUACUUGGCUCAAUGCUUCUAGCUUAACUGACUGGUGUCUUGUUUAGUACCCUGUUGUGGCUCGUUCGGUGUAACUAUGGACAUGAACUAUAUAUCUUUUAAAGCCCUCAUGUUUAUGUUUUACUUCGAAAUGCAAGACAUGCGGCCUGAUCUAUGCAUAUUUACUUGCAAGUAAGACCCACUGAGAUCGGCAUCCCCCCCGCAUCACUGUCCGUAGGAUUGCUGCCUUACAGUGCAAGGCUGCGCAUCUUUACUUAGAAGGAAGCCCCCAGGCCUGUGUUCAAUUGGGCUUCCUCUCUCGACUUACUCAUUGCGGUCUUAGUCUUAUAAAUCCAGUCUUUUGACAUGAAAUGCCAGCCAAUUCGAAAUUUAGGCACACUUACUGUGAGUCUCCCUCCAAGAGUAUGGUUAUUUUUGGACAAAUAAGUUCAUUAGCUAAAAUUUAUUUGGGCCCUUCAGAGAUUUCUUUUGCAUUAAUAGAUAGCAUAUGAUAUCAAAUUGUGUUGUUUUAAGUGUGAUUUCCAUUCCGGCUUAGGAAAUGUGGCCGAGUCACAAACGCUGAGAUGACAAAAUCUGCAAUCCCUGCCUAGUGCAAUCCUAUUCCUGUUGAGUCAAGUCUCACUGGCUUCAGUGGGGUUUACUGCUUUGUAGGGAUCCAGCUUUCAAAGUGUAUUUAUAUUAAGCCUCCUCUGGCUCAAAAAAAAAAAAAAAGCAAGCGUAUGAACCACCUGGAAUGCAAAAUUGACCUUAGCCGAAAUGAUUACACGACUUACAGGGGAACGUCUGUCUAUCCAGACGACAUGAAUGAAUGAGAAGGGUUUCUUCUAAAUGUUUGUUACAUAAUUUGCGACUACUGACGGCGGUGCAAUUCUCAAAGCGUUUCCCCUGCUCUUUCCUUGCUUCCUCCUGCUUGACCAAUUAUGAUCAGCAGCGCUGAUUCAGUGCGUUCCACCCGCAUCAGUAGUCUGAAAAGAUCUGAACAUACACAGUGAUGGUGAUACAGUUCUGGCUUUCACACAAACCUACGUGCGUUGGAGGUGCCCUGCGAAAGUUUCAGUCAGGGUGGUUGUGAAUAUGUGGGGGUCUAGAAACGUAAACACUAUGAGUCACUUCAAAAGGGGUGGGAAGGUGUGUGUGUGAAUACUACCAUUUUUUAAAGUGACAAACAAGCAGAUUCUUCCCCCUCUUCCCCUUCUGUGGUGACAUUUUCUUUUCUUUUCCAAACUGGGAGCUUCUACACCAGGCAUAGGCAAACCCGGCCCUCCAGAUGUUUUGGGACUACAACUCCCAUCAUCCCUAGCUAACAGGACCAGUGGUCAGGGAUGAUGGGUGUUGUAGUCCCAAAACACCUGGAGGGCCGAGUUUGCCUAUGCCUGUUCUACACCUUUGAUCCAUGAGAGCGUAUAGACUGUUUAUGACAUAAACGACAGUCAUAAACGAGCUGUAUUUUAGACUGCUAUUUCAGGGGUGUGUGUGUAUGCGUGUGUGUGAAAUUGUGAGUUUUGGUGCGUUUUCAGUCGUGCUGGUGGAAAGCCUGUGGUUUAUAUGCUGCGUUUUUAUAUGUGUGUCUCUGGGCGUGUACUUUGUAGCAUGUAGAACUACCAAAUAAAUAAAUAUAAAUCCAGGUUGACAAAUGCUGUCAGCCUUUCCAUAGCAGAAGAGCCAGUGUGCUUUUCCAGAGCUGCUCUACAGGUGCAGCAGAAUAAAGGGAAUGGCAUGACUGAAUGGGCUUACGGUUUGCAGGUAGGGGUGGGGUUUCCCACUGUAUAAAUUCUCUACAAGCAAAGGGUGCUAGCCAGCAGGCAGGGUUAGGAUCCUCCUGCUUGCUGGGCUAGGGUUUUUAAAAAAAUUAAAAAUAAAUGGCACCCCCUAUCACCUGCAACGCAGAGGGAUGCAGUCUACUCUACUUGUCUCAUUCUGCCCAAAUCUGAACCUAGCUUGCUGUAUAUUUUGCAAAGUGUGUGUGUGUGUGUGCGCGCAUACAUACAUACAUAUAGCCUUAGUAAUUUACUGCUGGCCUACUGUAGCAGUUCAGCUAUCAGUUGACCUGUUCAAAAGAGUUCAUUGCCACUGACUUUCCCAUUAACUGCUACCCUCAUGCUGGGUUGGUUCCAGGCUAGGUUCGUAGAACUUCCUUCCCAUUGAAAUCAACAGGACUCAAUUGAAUAAAGACUUUUCACCUGGAUUUCAGUGAGGCUUUAGCGCAGGCAUCCUCCAGAUGUUUUGGACUACAAUUCCCAUCAUCCCUGACCACUGGUCCUGUUAGCUAGGGAUCAUGGGAGUUGUAGGCCAAAACAUCUGGAGGGCCGUAGUUGGGGGGGUGCCUGCUUUAGCGCAACCAGUCUGGUCUGGAUCCAACCCGCUGUGUCUUUCUGCUGGGAAACAGCAGCGAGCUUUCGCCAGAUGGCCUUUUGUGGAAUGCAGGCGUUGCGAUGGAUCAGCGGUUGCAGGGCGUCAGUGCUGAGUAGCUGAUGGCGAGAGGAGAGAGAGGCUCCUAUAUAGGUGGGAAAUGAGCAAGUGUUUUUUUUGCAAAGGCUAUGCAUGGUUGUGCAAAUACUAUAUCCAUGGUCUGGCUCUAGUAGGGUUGGAGGCCCUGUGGCCUUGCAGGUGCUGUUGGACUCUAGCUACCCAUCAUCUCUGAUCCUUGGCUGUACUGGCUAUGUACCAACAUACCAACAUCUGGAAGAAUUACGUUUCCCAUUCCUAGUCUUGAGGUACAUGAUGUAGCAACCUGCUGAAGCUCAGCUAGGGUUGCCAUAUAAAUCUGGACACAAAAGUUUUUGAGUUUUGUUUUUUUUUGGCAAAGUUGUUGAGAUUUGGGCUGGUCGGGGGGAGAGUUGCUGAGCUUUUUUUUUUUUUUGCAAAAUCUCAAAAAAAAAAUCUUUACUUUUUUGGGGGGGAGGGGAACACUAAAAAAACAAUACUUGGGAUAUGGAACGCCAAGACGCCAUUUUCAACAGACGAAAAUCAGCUAUGUCCAGGAAAUUCCAGGUGUAUGGCAGCCCUAAGCUAAGGUUUGGAGCGAAUCGGUGCCCAGGUGGGGUUCCCUCCUCACAGAAAGACCAGCUGUACGUGUAAUAAAAUAUAUAUGUAGAUUUCUAUUUUUCUUUCUCAGACAGACCUAAUUGUUCUUUAAAUUGUGGCACACCCCUUUUUACUCAUGUCUCCGAAAACCGCACUUGUGCUACUUGUUGCAACGUUGCUUCUUCCGGUCCUUGUUCUUUAAGAGGUUACGGCAUUACAGCAGGACACACAAACCCCGCACCCCAAACGUACUUGGGAACCAGUCUUGUUGACUUCUGUGGGGCUUCCUUUAAGCAAAUGGCUCUCGUUCUGUGUGGGUAAUAUGCACACAAAAGCAAGUUCCUCUGACUAUUCAGAGCAGAUCAAAACACUGCCACACAUGAGGAACCUUCUUGUCCCUGUCCCCAUCCACACCCCAUGGCUUCCCGCGCUGCCUGUGCAUUUAAUCUACAUUCACAUGGUCAUUGUAGUCAAUUUUGCAGUGUCAAUCACUGGUUGAGAAGACUGCAGCUCCAACCCCUGCUCCCGAACCUGAGGUUGAUGCCAAGCGCAUCAUUUGUCUGCCUGAUGGUGCGCAGAGAAUUGACUCCUGGCACCGGCCCAGCUUUCCAGGCUCGUGAUUUUCAGCUAGCUUCCCGUGUCUAGCUCAAGAAAUGUUUCAGACGAAAUUCCCCUCUAUUGCUUUAAUCGUCAGACUACCCGCGAUGGUAAGGAGCUAUUUCCGAUUUACCUGUAUGUAAACAGCCAUCGUAUGUUCCUACGUACUAUUGUGGUUUAGGAAUCUCUGAAACUAUAGUCAAUGUGUAACAGAAGAUUCAUUCAUUGCUGAUGUUGUAGAGGCACUGUAGGGUUGCUUUGUUUUGUAACAAGAUGCAGAUAAAUGGCAAACCUUUGUCUUGUCUUUGCACUCGACUCAACAGCUGGAAAAUACUACCAUAAUGGCAGCAACCACCAGGGGGCUGGGUUUGGUCCUUAACUGACAGGGACUGUGGCUGGAUACGAGGCUUUUGGCUUUUUGCAUUGCUAUUUUAUCAUGAGAAUUGUCAUUAAAGAGUGUGUUGCCCACCGAAACAAAAUGUGAGAGUUUUUAUUCACCCUCAACACCUGCCCAGUGAGUUUUCACCAAGGCCUACAAAACAGAAAAGGUUUAUGUCCUUUAUUUCAGGGUUGGUGAACCUGUAAAGGUAAAGGGACCCCUGACCAUUAGGUCCAGUCGCGGACAACUCUCAGGU